AAGCGCCUCGUGAACUUGGCAGAUACUAGGUGAAGGCUGGAAGCAUGGGAUACUUCGGUACAUUUGCUUUCCUUUACCUUUUGAACCCGCUUUGCAUAAUAGCUGAAAACUGUGCAGAUGUUGGUGCCACAGCUGGCUGUCACCGCUGCGCUGAAGACUCCUUUCUCUGCGCCUGGUCGGGAACGUGCCUGCCUAGAGAUAAACUGUGUGAUGGCACCACAGACUGCCCCGAUGGCCUGGACGAGCUUGCAGACAAGUGCAACAAAACUCGGCCUGCCCCCUAUGUCUGCCCCGACAGCGAGUUCAUGUGCCGGAGUGGGCAGUGCAUUCCCCAUUCCUGGAGGUGUGAUCACACCAAGGACUGUGCUGAUGGGAGUGAUGAGGAGGACUGUGAUCGGAACGAGUGCCUGGAAGACAAUGGCGGCUGCUCUCACCUCUGUAUAGACCAGCCCAUGGGCUUCGUGUGUGACUGUCCCAGUGGCAUGAGACUGAUACAAGACACCCAGUGUGAGGAAAUCGACGAGUGUCUCGACACUGACUUGUGUAGUCAGGUGUGUGUCCAUGUCAAUGGAAGCUUCACUUGUGAGUGCCAUGCAGGCUACAGGAAAAUCCCGCAGAUGGGGGAAUGUAGGGCUGAAGGUGAAAUGGGCCUGGUAGCACUGAGCAGUUUGGAAGGAGUGUGGCAGGCUGACACUGCUGGAUCAGAACACAGGCUGUUGGCAAGCGGGAACCUGGGCUAUGGUCCCCUGGCUGCUUUCACUGCAAAACACACUCUGUACUGGGGUGAUUCAAAAAAGGGAGCCAUCUACGGGAUAUCCCUGGAUGGAAGCUCCCAGAAGCCUGUGCUUGUGCUGGCUGGCCUUGGAGCUGUUCGUGGACUGGCUGUGGACUGGUUUCAUGAACUUCUCUAUUGGACUGAUGCAAGCACCUGUUCCAUCAAUGUGGCGCCUCUUAGUGGGUCUGCUCAGCGCCUCCUGGUUGGUGGACUCUCUAAACCAACUGGCGUUGCUGUAGAGCCAGUGGAAGGUUUGCUCUUCUGGGCAGACAGUGGCAGCUCUGCCAGGAUUGAACGGGCUAACUUGGAUGGUCAAGACAGGAUGGCAUUGGUCACUUCAGCUAUACAGAACCCUGUCGCUAUCUCUCUGGACAUACCUCGUCAUCUCCUGUACUGGGUGGACUCUGGGCUGCGUACCAUCUCCAGAGUUGGGUUGGAUGGGCACCACCGCAAAACAGUGCUGGAGUCCAAUGGAUACCUUGACAAACCUUUUGGCCUCACGGUAUUUGAGGGGCAGGUGUUCUGGACCGAUAAGGAAACGCACUCGCUGUGCAGUGUAGACAAACACAAUGGCACUUCCUUCAGGGUCCUGCUGUCUAAUGUCAGGUCCCCUGGAGGUCUGGUGGUCAUUCACCCUGUUCUGCAGCCAAAGGGCCAAGGUGUGUGUGGACGGCCAGGGCAUGUGUGCCCUUUCCAGUGUGAGCCCCGGCUCUUUGGUGUAGAUCUCCCACAUUUCUUCUGCUUGGUGCCGAAGGGUGGAGUUGAAGGCCAGAAUGAAUCUCACCCAGUGGAAGCUGCAGCCUUUCCUGAUACCACAUCUGCAGGGCUUCUUUCAUUGCUUGUUGUCCUCAGUGUGAUUCUAGCUGGUUUAACACUGUGGUGGUGCAGAGCAGAGUUGAGCCCCUCUAGGACCAUCGGGCUGCACACCAGUAUCUCCCUGAAAGAAUCUCAAGAUCCCCUUGUUCCUUGUGGGCUCUCUGAGUCUGAACCUCUCAAGGACACGCUGCUGAACAUGGAUGAAGUCUCCAGAUGAAUUGAGCUAGCCACCACGUGACACUUGGGCUUGUUUGUCUUUCCUGCUGCCUUCCUAUUGUGGGGCUGUGAGUUUCUUGAAACUGUGUCCUUUCCGUUGCAGUUAAAAAGUACCGAUUCCGUUGCAUUACAGCGAAUUCACUCUUGCACUCAAGUGUGAGUCUGUCUGUCUGUUGUCUCUUACACACUACACUGUAUGUUGAAGACGGGUAAAUGGGGGCUCCUUAAGUACAUUUUACAUAUGAUCCAUAUGUGUGCCACUGAAGUAUUUCUUUCAUGGCGGCUGAUGACAAUGUCAUGUAGUGCUGUAUUUAGUGCCACUAGGUGGCAGAGAAGCGCACACUCCAGCAUAAAGCACUAUAGUAAUUUGUCUUCAUACUGCUGAAGCAGGCAGUUUCAGCAAGUGUAUUUAUUUGAAAG